AGCUAUCUCAAUAUCAAAGAAUAUCGCAAACCCUUCUCUUGAUAUUUCCAUCAACAUGGAAGAAUUUGAAAAUGGGCACCCCAGUUAUAUCCCAUCCGAAUUGGUCAAUAGUGCAUCAAAUAAUCGCAACGUAACGUACCAUCUCUAUUUGAUUGAGUUGAAGCCGGAUUUUGAGUAUAUCGACGUUCAUGACAUUGUGCUAGCAAUUAGGACUAAACUUGACUCAGAAAUCUUAAAUGCAUCAUCAGGCAUGUCGUUUGAUGUUGACAGGGGAAAGUUGUCAGUGAACCUUGGAUAUAUAAUGACCAUUCCGCUUACUCAUGAUGAGGUUAAAAAAUGUAGAAGAUUUCAGACUACCCUCUUUAGGAUCCUUCUGCAUAGGAGCGUGAAUAAGUUACCUAAUGUUUCAGAUGAUUUUAGUUUAGGAGAUAAUCCUGAGAUUGAUUAUCUUCUGCUCCCAGCCAGUAAUGAACACUUGAGCUCUUCAGAUCCAAUCGAUUGGAAGUAUGUCAGUUCUGUUCCUUUUUCACCUGAAAGUACCUGUGACUGUGAGGAUAAUACUCCUCAUGUGGUGACGAAAAAUGGUUCAGUUUGCCGUUGCAAACUAAAAAAUUGUGUGGUCUACACUCCUCAUAUUGAUUCUAAUCCUCCCAUUUAUAUUAUUAAUAAAAUUAUGAAAUUGAAUGGAAAUUCAAUUCCACUACACUUAAGAGAUAAGGGAUCUACUACUACUUACAAGGAGGACUUUAAAAACCGCCACGGGAUUGAACUGAGUCAUGCAGAUCAAUCCCUGCUUGGUGGCAGAAAAGUUUUUUCAGCGGGGAAUUACCUUCUCAAGGCCAGACAACAGAAGAAGGAGAAAGGUCAAAGCAAGAAGAACACUGUUGAAUUGCCCCCAGAACUUUGUCAUGUAAUAAUGUCACCAAUAUCAAUCAGUACCAUAUAUUCAUUUUCAUUUAUGCCAUCAAUCAUGCAUUGGCUUCAGUCCUUGCUCGUUGCUUUCAACUUAAAAAAGAUGCUUUUGGAUCAUUGCACGUUAAAUGAUAUCCCAAUCAGCAAGAUCUUACAAGCAAUUACUGCAAAAGGAUGUCAAGAGGCUUCCGAUUACGAUUACUUAGAGACACUUGGAGAUUCUUUUCUAAAGUAUGCUGCUAGUCAGCAGCUUUUCAAGACCAACCAAAAUCAUAGAGAGGGCCUUCUUACCAAUGAGAGGGAAAAAAUAAUUUCCAAUGUUGCCUUGUCUAAGUAUGGGUGUAGCCAAAACCUUCCGGGCUUCAUACGAAAUAAGGAAUUUAAGCCAAAGCAGUGGGAUAUCCCUGGCGAUAAGUCAAAAGGUCUCUUGCUAAAAGAAGAGUUGGUUUCUAAUAGAACAAGAGUAUAUACUUGUGAAACAAGAGAAAUAAAAUUCGAUAUUGUUGCUGAUGUUGUUGAGGCACUAAUUGGAGCCUUUUGCACAGAAGAUGAAAAAGCUGCUUUAUCGUUUAUUAAGUGGAUUGGCGUCAAUAUAGACACUAACAUUGUACCAUAUGAAAGGCCCCUUAGCACUGCCGCAGAGAAGCUUGUAAAUGUCCAAGUUUUAGAAACCCUAUUAAACUACUCAUUCAAAAACCCUUACCUUUUAGUAGAAGCUCUGAUCCAUAGGUCUUGCAAUCGACCAGAAAUUCCAACAUGCUACGACUAUGAGCGACUAGAGUUUCUUGGCGACGCAGUGUUGGACUAUGUCAUCACCAUGCAUUUCCACAAGGAAUAUUCUAAUGACAAGUUGUCAUCGGAAUUUUUGACAAACAUGAGGUCUAUUUCUGUGAAUAAUGAGUGCUAUACACUGUCAGCCAUUAAAGCUGAGCUGGAUGAACACAUAAUCUGCGACUCAGUGGUAAAAAAUCAAAUUGCAAAAACAAUGAAAGGCGUUGAGAACAUAUCUUUGGAAUCCACUUUUGGAUGGGAGCUAGAAACAUAUUACUGUGAGGUCCUUGGAGAUGUUAUAGAAUCUAUAGCAGGAGCCAUUUUUGUUGAUUCAGGGUACAAGAAGAAGGUUGUUUUCCAAAGCAUAAGGCCUCUUUUGGAACCCUUGGUUACACCUGAAACUGCAAAGCGACAUCCAAUUAAUGAGUUGCAAGAACUAUGCCAAAAAAAUCACUACGAAAAGGAAGAAUACUCGAAGCCUCAUGUCAACCAUGUAACUUUAUUUACGAUCAAGGUGAAAACUGAUGAGAACACCUAUGAGUGGACUGCUAGUGGUGAUAAUGAGUAUACAGCUCGUAAACUAGCCUCCAAGGAAGUUUUGAAACUCAUGAAGGUAACCAAUUCAAAGCUAUUAAUGAACCGAAGGCGAUUUUUGUUCCCUUUAUUGUCUGCAGUCUUUUUGUUCUGUUGGUUUGUAGAUGAAAUAAUUUAUCAUGCAGUAUGCCAGUGAUUUUUGAAAGCGUUCCAAGUGCUUAAAAACUUUUAUCAGUAAUUGCAUAUUUACAAGUCUCUUGGUUAAUCUGUGUUAUACUCCAAUAUAGUUCUAAUAUGAUAUCGUGCACAUUUCGCCAUUAUCAGGCCUGUGUUCAUGAGAUGAAAUACUAAUACGACCAUGCAAAUUUGUAGCUCUAAAAUAAAAUG